AUGUUCGUCAAUCCGGCCGGCAGACCUCGCCCCGGCGAGACUCAACUCUUCAACCUCGAGGUCAAACGCCAAAUCUACGAUCAUGCGAAGGAGACGGCGAAUCAAUUGAGGGCCAUGUACGAUCGCAUGGGCUUCGAAAGCCGGUCGGAGCAAAAGACCCAAUCAGCUCAGUCUACCGAGAGCGUCACUCAUCAGCCAUCACCGAAUUUACCCUCCCUUGACAUGACAGUCGAGCCCAUACGCCGCAGUAUCUCAGUAGCUCCAGCAGGAACGGGACUCCUCAACAUGGACGGCUCAAUGAUCUCUGUUCGCAACAAGUAUCUUGCCGACGCCCUCAAAGACCCUGACCUCAGAGCACAGCUACCCGUCGGCAGCGACAGCGCCUACGAAGCUUUGACCAAAGGUCACUCCAUCCUUGUCGACUGGGAAGAAAGCUCUCAAGAUACAACAAUGGCCCCACCAAGGACCAACUGGGUUCGCAUUGUCUCUCGCAUCAAGCAGGAAGACUUAAUCUACUUUGUCAAAGAGUGCGGUCACCUGUCCUCGCGCUCUAAACCCGCCAGUGGUAAGGAAGAGCCCUACACCAUCACACGCGAGGCAUCCCUUUACCAUGAGCAGCGCAAGCAGAUCCGCUACGCUUUCGCCACCACCGGCUGGCCCUGCCGCAUAGCUGACGGCAAGGUCUGCCUGGCAGUCUGCGGCAGGACGCUCACCUUGGUUCAAGAGCACAUCUCGCCUCAGCCCUUCGACGAUGGCAUCAACGCGCGCGUCAAGCUUCAUCCCAUCGCUUCGAGACUGUUCACGGCCAAAUAUCAGCCCAUGGCUUGCAGCCCCGAAGCCUCCUUCGUUCUCAACCGCUACGAGCUUCACGUCGAGGCAAGGAACCAGAAGCGUCGCAUUUACAACCCAUGCGCCGCUCAAGUCAACCAGGAGUGGGAGAAGCUCUUCAAGAUCAUCGCUGAGGCCGUCACAGUCGACAGCACUGACAAAGAUCGUCUCCUCUAUUGCCACCAAUACGUCUCAAAGCCCGCGGGGGAUCUCACUGCCGGUAUUGCCGCCCGGCUGCGAGACGGUGGAGCUCGUCUGCCCCUGGAAAACUGUGGCGGUGGAUGGUCCGAGUUUGUCUUGCCUGGUUAUUCGGAAGAGUAUCUUCGCUACCCUCAGCUGGGCGGGCACAAUGGCAAGGCAGCAGGAGCUGGCUCUUCCCGCAAUGAAAGCGGAAGCGCAGGCCGGGGACGACUGAAGGUUGAUCCGCUGCCUGAUGGUGGACCGCAGGAGAUCAUCUUGCUCGUCACCGACAGGAACGAAGCGAAUUGGAGGGACGGGCUGAUGUACGGUGUCUGGCCGAAGGGGAAGGCCGGCUUCGUGACGGGUCAGUUAGGGAGAGGAGGCUUGCCUUGAGAAUUGCGAUGGGAAGAUUGGAAGACGAGAGCAGGCCAGUGACAUGAGCAAGUUCAGACCGUGGCAAGCAAGAAGUCUGAACAAAGCAAGGCCAGGAGGAGUGCGCAGAGGUCGCUGCGCCGGGAUGCACCACCAAGAUUGUCAGCCUCUUUGGUCUGCUCUUGUUGUGUGCCUGCAUCUCUUCAUCCUGCACAUUCAUUGAAGACGAUAGCCUUGCAUCGCUCAAGCAAUCCAUACAGCUGCUGACAGCUUCAUGGGCGACGCCUGCAUGCUAACAUGGAUGGUCGCGAUGGCCCGAACGAUGCGCUGUUGCUCGGCUGCCCCUACGUCGUAGCCUGUUUUGG